UGCGUCGUCUCCGACUUCUUCUUGCCAUGGACCUACGACGUCGCCGCCGAUAAUGGCAUACCGAGAAUCAUUUUUGAAGGUUCCAACUUUUUUGCGGCAUGCGCUGUAGAUAGCUUAGAGCGGCACAAACCUCUAGAGAGCCUGCCGCCGGAGGAGGAGUCCUUCGUCCUCCCCGGUCUCCCACAUCGCAUCGAACUCCUGCGGUCACAACUUCAAGACAACACCAAAGUUGUCCCUUUUAUGAUCCCCGUUAUCGAGGUCGUCAAGCAUGCAAGAGAAGUCUAUUCGAAGAGCUUUGGGACGGUGGUGAACAGUUUCUAUGAGCUGGAGCCAGAUUACGCCGAGCACUCCAGGAAAGUUUUGGGGAGGAGGGCAUGGCAUGUAGGUCCCGUCGCGCUCUGCAACCAAGCGGAGGUCGAUAAAUCAGGCAGGGGAGGAGGAGGAAAAACAGGGGAAGAAUGCUUGAGGUGGCUUGAUGAAAGAUCGCCGGGUUCAGUCUUGUACAUGUGUUUUGGAAGUAUAUGCAACUUCACAGCGACGCAGCUGAAGGAGAUGGCUAUGGGGCUGGAGGAUUCCGGCCAUCCAUUUGUUUGGGUUAUUCGAGACGCAGGGGAUGAGUGGAUUCCUGAAGGGUAUGAAGAGAGGAUAGAAGGGAGGGGUAUUUUGAUCAAAGAAUGGGCGCCGCAGCUUCUGAUACUAAACCAUGAGGCGGUGGGGGGCUUCGUGACGCACUGCGGAUGGAACUCAAGCUUAGAAGGGAUAGCAGCGGGGUUGCCGAUGGGAACAUGGCCGCUUUAUGCGGAGCAGUUUUUCAAUGAGCGGCUUUUGGUGGAUGUGCUGGGGAUUGGGGUGGAGGUGGGUUCCAACGUGUUUGCGAUUCUUCCGGAGGAUCGGCCGGUGGUGAAAGCGAGGGACUUGGAAGCGGCGGUGAGGAGGGUGAUGGGAGAUGGGGAGGAGGCGGAGGAGAGGAGGAGGAGGGCGAGGGAGCUUAAAGAGAUGGCGAGGAAGGCGGUGGAGGUGGGAGGAUCUUCAUAUAAUGAUCUUGGGAAGUUGAUAGAGGAAUUGAGGGAGAAGAAGGAGCAAAUUGUCUAAGGGGUUUAUUGUUGUUGUUGUUGCUGUUUUUUGUUUUUAUCUAUAUUGAUGGCAGCUAGCAAUUUUCCACACUCCAACUCCUUAGAGUUGAUAAUUGCAAAUGAACCUCAAUUUUCAUGUUAUUUAGAAGGAAACUAUUUUGGAUGAAUAUUAGC